AUGAUUGGACUUGGUGCUGCUGACGUUUGGACAUCUCCAGCCCUGCCUCAUCUGAAAAGUAAUGAAUCGGAAAUGAAGAUCUCUCCAGUGGAAGCUUCCUGGGUAGCAUCCUUACUUCACGUGGGAGCAAUAUUUGGUUAUUUUCUCUACCCUUACAUGAUGGACUCUAUAGGACGAAAGUACACAUUACUUUUCCUCUGUAUUCCUCAAAUAGCUUCAUGGAUCACAACAAUCUUAGCCAGGGACGUUUACACCCUUUAUGCGUCAAGAACCAUCGGUGGAUUAGGUUAUUGUGCAGCAUGUGCAGUACAAGGAAUUUAUAUAUGUGAAAUUAGCUCAAAGAACAUCCGAGGAAUUUUACUUCUCUUUUCAGAAGUGAACUAUCAAAUAGGCACUUUGAUGCUUCUGAUAAUAGGUGCAUUAUGUUCCUACAAGCACAUGAACUUAUCGAUGCUUUUAGCGCCUCUCCUAUUUCUCCUAACAUUUAUUUUUAUGCCAGAUACUCCGCAUUAUUAUUUAAAAAAAGGGAAUGAUAAACAGGCUCUCGAGAGUAUCUCGAGACUGAGAGGCACGAAAAAUAUAAAGAUACUCGAACCUGAAAUUGUAAAAAUAAAAAACGCUAUAAUCGAAGGGCAAGAGUCAAACGAAAAUGCGAUUAGACAAUUAUUUGUGAAUAAACGUUAUCGAAGAGCUUUAUUGAUUGUACUAAUUGCAAAUGCAACUAAAGGACUUUCAGGUUCAUUUGUGAUUGGUACUUACACUGAGCAGAUUUUCACCGAUAGUGGAUUUACAUUAGCACCUGAAUAUUCCACAAUUAUAGUUGCAGUUGUGAAAAUAAUUGCAGGACUUAUAGGUUCGCAAUUAAUAGAAUACGUUGGAAGAAGAGUCUUGUACCUCUAUUCUGGAAUUGUGGGAUCUUUUUCUCUGGUAGUAGUAGGAUUAUUCUUUUUUCUUAAAUUGUAUCUCAAAAUAGAUGAUCUUUCUGCAAUAGGUUGGCUGCCACUUUUUGGGUUAGCAUCUUUUCAGAUAGUAUCUGCUGCCAGUUUAAACCCGAUACCGGUUGUUCUCAUACUAGAACUUUUUCCGACUGAAGUCAAAAGUCUUGCUUCGGCUAUAGCAUUUAUUGUUUUUGAACUUUUUGUAUUUUUUAUUACGUUUAUCUUUAAUGGAUUCAAUGAAAUAGUAGGCAUUUACACCACCUUUUGGAUUUAUGCAGCUGUCUGUAUUACUGGAACUUACACUAUCUUCUGCAUCACACCUGAGACUAAGGGAAAGACUUUGGAGGAAAUUCAAGAGUUGUUGGAUUAA